CAAAGAGCGCUCUGCGGGAAAGAGAGCAUAUACACAGCGAAACCCAUUUGUAGAUACCCAUCGCAGGACAAAGGCAAAGCUCAAACCAGGCACCACCACCACCAGCAGCAGCAGCAGCAGAUAUCUUGGAAUUUUUGUAUAGGAAUUUUGGAGACUAAGAACGAAACACAGAACAGAAUGCAUGCCAGAUUUGCUGAUCCUGAGCCCGCGUCCCCGGACAGCGAUGACCGCAUUGAAACGGAGACUUUGGAGUAUCGCAUCGAGGUGUUCAAACAGAAUCCCAAGAACAUGGCCGCACUGCACGAGAUGCUCGAUGAGGUGGUGCUGCGCGCUGAAACGGAGGCCAAUAAGCGGGCAUUCGAUGGCCAGAAAUCGCAACAGGGCAAGCAGGAGAAGCGUCCGAGUUUCGCCAUACCAGAUUUUAAGAACGGCAAGGUGGUGAACCGUGCACGAGGAUUUGUGGUGCGCAUGUUCGAUGCCAUCUGCAAUUGCGCCAACACCAAUGCGGCUGCAGCCACGACGCGCUUCAAGCUGAGAAGCAACAGCGGUGGUUCAGGAGCGGCAGCAGCAGGCGGUGGAUCAUCUGGUAAUGGUAAGCGUCAGCAAUCCCAGGACGAGCCAGAGACCCUGGCCCUGACCAAGAAGAAGCCAACGGCCGAGGGCAAAAAGAAGAAGGGCGUCAGCAUGGCCGACGAUGUGCAGGCGGGCGUACGACUAAUGGACUAAGCCAAGCAAUAAUCCAAUCUUGGAAUAAAUAUAAUCAAAAAGGCGUGGACCCAAAAGACGAGCGAAGAAGAACCCUUCAUAAGGGUUAUCAAUUAUUGUAUCACAGCCUGAUGACAGUCUAAUCCCCCAACUAUACACCAAAUAUCGUUUAUAUACCUACUACUAAUACUUAUGGGUUAUUCCCAAAAUGAUUUUCAUUGCUCAAAAUCGACAAACGCACAAGCAACAAACUUUGAUUGAUGUCUUCCCCCCCUUGAAGACCAAUAAUCGUAGAAUCGUAUGGGAAAAAGGGAAGGAAAGCUUUAGCUGCUCUCUUUUUACUUAAUCAUUUUUGUGAACCCAAAUGUGAUCCCAAAAGAAACAAGCACAAACCACUUUAGGGGUUAGUUAGGGCCAGAGUUUAGGGUCUGUCGAUAACAUUACAUAUUCUGCACUCUCUGUGGAAACUCUCUUGAAACAAUAACAUUAUCCCACGCACAACACAAUCAAAAUGUAGGCAUUGCAUAAUAAAAGUAAUAAAUAUCAGAAAAAAAAAAAA